UUUAGUAGAUGACCUUCACCGUGUUUUCUAUUAUCUCGUUUAUUUUACGAAUUAAAGUUAUUUGCAUUUAAUUUCGUGAAUUGCACAAAACAGCCCCCAAAACAAUGACGUCAAACCCCAUUCCAACGACGAGCGCGCGCGAAGAGAGCAACGUUUCCGUUUCCUUGGCCACCAACAGCGGUUGUUUAUUUUGGUCGAAGUUCAUUCUCAGCAACGACUGGCUGAUGUAGAACCGUACUUUAAGUAGAGCUCCUUUUCGGCCCAAAGCAAAGUUUCAAAUUUCCUGUGUAUUCAAAUUCCUUACUAAGUGCGUGCAGUGAUUACUUACAUACGUUGCAUCAUUCAAUAAAAUGGCCAAGAAGGGAGGAGUCCAGCAGUUGCAGGCUGAAAUCAACACCGACGAGGAAUUCGAGAAAUUCCUAGAACGUGAUGGUCUGUUGGUAAUGGACAUCUAUACGGACUGGUGUGGUCCCUGCACCGGGAUGGUGGGCAGUCUGAAGAAAAUCAAACUGGAGCUGGGUGGUGAUAAUCUCCAACUAGCCGUGUGCAAAUCUGACGAUAUCGAAGCCUUGAAGAGAUUCCGGAACAACAGUGAACCGACCUGGCUGUUUGCCUCGCAUGGUAAAAUCGUGAACCUCAUGUUCGGCACCAACGUUCCGAAGCUGAUCAAUCUCAUCACCGAAGAAUUGGACAUCGAACUGAAAUGUCGUGCAGGAGAAGUCGAACGAAAGUACUACGAACUGUACGAGUUGACGCCAGAGGAGCAGGAACGGGAAGAUGCUCGAAAGGCUAUAGAAGAUGAAGCCGAGAGGAUUGAAAAAGAGGCUGCGAUCAAGAAGCGCCGGGAUUAUAUCAUAAGUGUAACGGAUACGAUCAUGGAGAAUAUUCAGGACAUGGGAAUCACCUUAUUUAUGCCACAUGUCCACAAGGACGUUUACAAAAAAUUGAACGAACAUGCCGAGAAGCAUGAUCUGCACUUCAAAGAAAAGCGGUUGGUAUAUUUGAACCCGAAGAUGUUAGAAGUGCUUCAUUUUGACUGUGAAAACCGAAUGGACGAUGAAGUUUUUGAGCAGAUUUUCUACAAGGAAGUUCAGGGGUACGUUUGGAAGCGUCAGGACGAUGUUAGUCGCGCUCCAGAAGAUGUUAUUGGUGAUUUCGUUCGGUUCCUGACCGAGCCCAAUGAAGUUCUGGACAACGACGGCAAUGUGGAAAAGGUAAUUCCCCCAUUGAUCGAACCGCUGGAGAUGCUGUAUAAUGCGAACGAUGGAACCUGGAAGAUGAUAGAUAAGAAUCCAAAGAAAAAGAAGAGUGGUGUCAAUUUGAACGCAUCUCAAAGCACGUCUUCGAAGGAAACGUUCGACGAGGAAAGUUGUCCAAAAAUCUACGUCCCUGGCGUAUGGAGUCCCACCAACCGAAGAGCGACGGCUGCGUUGUUUUAUCUGCUGUUCAGACAUCUAACUGAAAGCUUUCUCGGACCGGACCCUGUUCCGGAACCACCGCACAUCUGUAUUGUAUUCGACGCCUACAAGAAGCGGGACGUUUUCGAAGUGAUUGCCAAGUUCAACCGAGACGUGAUGGCUUACGGUUAUUUCACGUCUGGUGAUCCAAAAACGGCGGAACUAAUUGCUAAAAAGACUGAACGCUAUGUGCGUUUGAAACCGAAUGUCAAUGACAAACUGAUAUUGAAAGUGGCCAAAGCUACCAGUCAUGCAAUGCUGGCGCUAACGGCAGUUGGACCGUGUUACAUCAGUCAGAAUGCAGUCGAAGGCCAGGAGGAAUGUGCUCUGCUAUUCCCACCGAAUUACGAUAAUAUUGAGGAGGAGGCGGAAGCUGGGGAGGACACAAAGAAGAAGCACAAAAAGAAGCGACGUGGCAAGAAGAGUGACACAUCGCUAUCGACCUCGGAAUCGGCCACUUCGUCCACACCAACUGCUGACCCAGGAGCGGAUGGUCAAGGUGAAGGCGGAGAGUUGGGAACCAUUGGAGAAGGUUCAACUGGGGAAGAAGGCGAAACAACGUCUUCGUCUACCAAUUCCCCAGAGAAGGUCGGAGGACCUGGUGAAGAGGGUGAAGAACAAAAGACUUAGACUGCACACGAUUGAUUGGGGAUUUUCUUUUUGUUCAACUUCAUUAAGAGUGCUUUUGAAUGGAUUUCUGUGUUGCAAGUAAAAUUAUUAUUUUGUGUUUGCUUUCUUAAUGUAACAAAAUAAAUAAGCAAAUCUGGAAUACCGGAUUUUCUGUACGGUAAAAUCUGGGUAUCUAGCUCAAGUAUGUGUAAUACAAAUUACUCAAUAUUACUACAUAUUACAAGUGUGUGAAUCUUUCUACUCUUCUGAAGCUUGAUGUUUUACCUUUUUUCGAGUUCCUCAAU